UCGGCUCGGCUCGGCUCGGCUCGGCUCGGCUCGGCUCGGUUCGGCUCGGCUCGGCCCGGCUCGGUUCGGUUCGGCUCGGCUCGGUUCGGCUCGGCUCGGCUCGGCCCGGCCCGGCCCGCCGCAGGGGCGCGGGGCCAGGGCCGGGCCCAGCAGCGCGGGCCUGAUCCGGAGCUGGGCAGCGUCCCCAGACCCCGUCCUGAGCCUGCGGCGGGGGCCCCGACUGGCGAGGGGGGUCCCGGGCCUGACCUCUGCUAAAGAUGUUCCCGCAGAACCGGCCCCCGGCCCACCUGCAGGCCCCCUCUGCUGCCUCGGGUGCCGCUGUCACUGCCAGCACCAUCCCCAGCACCCCGCAGUCCCUCAAGCUGACUUACCCCGAGACCUUGGACCGCAUCAAGGAGGAAUUCCAGUUCCUGCAGAACCAGUACCACAGACCCGGAGUGAAUCCCUCUGAUCCUCCCUGCUGCUGGCUGGGAUCACCUCCCCUUCCCUGCACGGUGCUGGGCAGAGCAAGCUUGAAGUUAGAAUGUGAAAAGUUGGCAACAGAAAAAACAGAAAUCCAGCGUCAUUAUGUCAUGUACUACGAGAUGUCCUACGGUCUGAACAUUGAGAUGCACAAACAGACGGAGAUCGCGAAGCGGCUCAACGUGAUCUGUGCCCAGCUCAUCCCGUUCCUGUCUCAGGAGCACCAGCAGCAGGUGGUCCAGGCCGUGGAGCGUGCGAAGCAGGUGACUAUGACCGACCUGAACGCGGCGAUCGGGCACCAGCUCCAGACCCAGCACCUCUCCCACCACGCUCCCCCCAUCCCGCUGACCCCCCACCCCUCCGGGAUGCAGCCCGCCAGCCUCGCCAGCAUCAGCAGUGCCUCGGGGCUGCUGGCGCUCUCGGGGGCGCUGGGGGCACAGGCCCAGCUCCUCGCCAAAGAUGACCGAGGAGUCCAUGACAGCGAGCCCAGGGAGCGAGACCCCGGCCCCAGCUCCCUGGUGCUGCCCAACGGGGAGCGGGCACGAGCCAUCUCCGAGUACCUGAGCAGCAGCAAGAAGAGGAAGGUGGAGGAGAAGGACUUUGUUACGGACUAUGGCAGCGACGCAGACAAAAGCGAAGACAACUUGGUGGUGGAUGAGGACCCCUCUUCCCCGCACAGCGUCCACUCCUACUCGUCCCGGGAGAACGGGGUGGAGAAGGUCCCGCUGGGGAGGAAGGAGGCCGUACCGCUCAGCCCGACCUCCAUGGCCUCCUCCAGCAGCGCAUCCCCGUCCCGGAGCAAGGAUGCGCCUGCGGUGGAAAAGGCAGGGACGCCCAGCCUGAAGUCCAGCACCCCCACCUCCCAGGGUGAUGCGGUGGCCCCGGGCUCCAGCAGUGCCCAGCAGUUCCGCUCCGCCACAGCCAAGGCCCCCGUGGACCCGCUGGCCCUGGGCCUGAGGAACCCGCUGGGAGUGCAGACCCCCUACUCGGCCGCCUUCGGCAUGGCCCACCCCGUGGUGAACGGGGACAUGGCCGGCACCGGCGCCUAUGCCAGCCUCCACCUCAUGUCCCCGCAGCUCAACGGGGCUGCGGCCGCCGUGGGAGCCGGCAGCUACGGGCGCUCCCCCCUGGUGGGCUACGACCCGCACCCCCACAUGCGCGUCCCAGGGCUGGCAGCUGGCAUGCAAGUGGGCACCUCGGGGAAACCCGCCUACUCCUUCCACGUCAGCGCUGACGGGCAGAUGCAGCCGGUGCCUUUCCCACCCGACGCCCUCAUCGGCUCCGGCAUCCCCCGCCACGCGCGGCAGCUGCACACCCUGACCCACGGCGAGGUGGUCUGCGCCGUCACCAUCAGCAACUCCACGCGACACGUCUACACCGGGGGCAAGGGCUGCGUGAAGGUGUGGGACGUGGGGCAGCCGGGCACCAAGACGGCCGUGGCUCAGCUGGACUGCUUGCAUCCCACGCAGUUGGGUGGGCUUUUACACCCCCACCCCUCGGCACUGCUUUGUCUGACGGCGCUCCAAGGCAAGCCUUUGCCACUGUCACCCCCCCCAGCCAGAUACCUCGUAUGGGCCGGAAUCUCAGGGGCUGAAGCAUCACUUGGGUUCAGCUCUGUCCUUUCGACUUUUGCCUGUGUGAGUCUGGCCAGAGGGAGAACUCCUAUUUCUUUUAAAAAUAAAUCAUAGAGUCGUUUAGGUUGGAAAAGACCUUUUAAAGAUAAUUGAGUUCAGCCAUUAACCCAGCACUGCCAAACCCACCAUUAAGCCGUGUCCCUAAGCGCCACAUCUACACGUCUUUUAAAUACCUCCUGGGUUGGUGACUCAACCCCUUCCCUGGGCAGCCUGUUCCAGUGCUGGGCCACCCUUUCAGUGAAGAAAUUUUUCCUAAUAUCCAAUCUAAACCUCCCCUGGCACAACCUGAGGCCAUUUCUUUUUGCUCUAUCAGUUGUUACACCCCCCUACAGCCCCCUGCCAGGCAGCUGCAGAGAGCGAGAAGGUCCCCCCUGAGCCACCUCCUCCCCAGGCUGAGCACUCCCAGUGCCCUCAGCUGCUCCUCAUAGCACUUGUGCUGAAGCCCCUUCCCCAGCUUCCCCUCUUCUGGACAUGCUCCAGCACCUCAAAGUCUUUCUUGCAGUGAGGGACCCAGAACUGAGCACAGGAUUUGUGAUGCGACCCCACCGGUGCCGAGGACAGGGGGACGGUCACUGCCCUGGCCCUGCUGGCCACGCUGUUUCAGACACAAGCCAGGAUGCCGUUGGCUUUCUUGGCCCCCUGGGCUCCUGGCCACCUUGGCCACGCUGCCGGCUCAUCUCCAGCCGGCUGUCGACCAGCACCCCCAGUCCCCUUCCCACCGGGCAGCUUCCCAAGCCCGCAGCGCUGCGUGGGGCUGGUGUGACCCCAGUGCAGGACCCGGCACGGAGCCGUGUUGAACCUCAUCCAGUGGCCUCAGCCCAGACCCCCCUGCAGAGCCCCCUGCCCCCCAGAUCAGCACCCCCCACAGCUUGCUGUCAUCUGCAAACUGAGUGAGGGGGCACUCGACCCCCUCGCCCAGAUCACUGAUCUGGAGACCCCCUCUAGCCCAGCCCUGGGAGUGCCUGUGUGCCCGGUGCCAGCGGGAUGUGGCUCCAUCCCCACCGCUCAUUCCGCUCCCUGUCCCUGUCUUCCAGCUCAGGGGCUGGGUACCCUGAGAACAACCGGUCCCCCUAUUAAAGACCGAGGAAAAGAAGGCGUUAAGUACCUCAGCCUUUUUCUCAGCCUUUGCUGCUGUGUUUCCCUCCGUAUCCAGUAAAGGGUGGAGAUUCUCCUUAGCCCUUCUUUUGUUGCUGAUAGAUUUACAGAAAUGUUUUUUAUUGUCUUUUAUGGCAGUAGCCAGAUCAGUUCUAGUUGGGCUUUGGCACGCGACUUGUGCUCCUGAUCCUUUAACCAGUGGUCCCACGGCCCUGAGGGCUCUCUCCAUUGCUAUCGGACUUGUUGUUGCAAUUUCAUCGAUGAAAAAUACCUGAAAAAUUAAUAACGGACAAUAAUCUGAGGGCUGUAGCAGGGUGGGAAGCUUUCUCUUCACAUCUUUAACCUGGAGCAGGCUUCCCAAAGAAGCGGGUCCGGCACAUCCACCCUCUGUGCCCUUCAGAAGGGGUCUCCUCUGACAACGACCCGUCUUUUUUUCUUUACGGAGGCGGUUUUGACGCAGGGUGUAGGCUGACUUGACCUCAGUGACACCUCCAAGCCGGAUGAACCAUCGUCCUUGUCAUUCGGUUCUGCUUGUAGAGCCCCGUGUGCCUGCUCUGCGUGGGCACCGUGGCUGCUGUGCUGGGCAGGGAUGUGUCACCGUGGCCCCUGUCCCUUAAGUCACCCCAUUCAGCCUGGGGGAGAGAGCGUGGGGAAUCCUCCGUGUCAUGCUCCUACCUGUCCCGGGGAAGGCAGGGUGCCAUUCCAGCAGUCCAUCUCGCUCUUCUUGAUACUCCUCAACCUGCUCCCAGCGCACUCUCACCAGGCAGAGUUCCCCCCCUGUGCCCACUGCUGCAGUCCUGGACGGUGGCGUGUGCUCCCAUCAGAGCACUGCCUGGGCAGCCGUGGUGGGUGCAGGGUCAGAGAUGCUGUGGCUUUCUGCCGGGGCGGGGGAGGGUACCCCUGCUCCCUGGUUGAGCUGGCAGGGCUGCAGCACCCAUCCUGCGCACCCGUCUGCCCACGCUGCCGUGUCGUGUCCCGUUCACGGCGUUCCCCAGGGGCUGCUUGUAUCGGUGAGGGGGGUUUGGCCGCUGUUGCCCUGGCCCCACCAGCUGCUGUGGUGCAAGCUGUGGGCUCCUGGUGGGGGUCUCGGUUGCCUGAGGCUCUCUCAGUUCAGGAAACCCCACUGUGCACCGCACUGGAUCCCUCUACUGCCGAACCUGCGGGCACUGGAGCUGCUCACCUUGGCAGCUAAGGAAACGGACUGUCAGAACAAAGCACCUCACCAGCACCAAGCUGGAGGCACAGCCAUCACAUUUUUAACCUG